CUGAGGAACGCGUCAACGAAAAUCAGUUGGACAGAGUUGGCCUUCAGGAUAACUCAGCUCCUUCCUUUGCUACUUGUGUGCCUGCCUUUUUUGGAUGGUUUAUUGUUUACUGACCAUUUCUCCUCAACUUUCAUCCUCUUUCAAAGUCAUUGCCGAGGGAAUGACUCCGCCACAAAGGAUCCUCUUUCCCCCAGAGAAGAUUUGCAUGGUCUGGCAGCAAAGACAGAGUGCUGGAGCCGGACUCCGCAAUGUGGGCAACACAUGCUUCCUUAAUGCUGUCCUGCAAUGCCUGACAUACACCCCGCCGCUGGCCAACUAUCUGCUCUCCCGGGAGCACAGCCAGGCCUGUCGCCAACAAGGCUUCUGCAUGAUGUGCAUCAUGGAAGCGCAUGUUAACAAGGUCCUGCAUUCCUCAGUCAGUGCCAUCCUGCCUUUGGCUGUUCUCAGGGGUUUCAGAUUCAUAGGAGAACAUUUUCAGCUUGGCAGGGAGGAAGAUGCCCAUGACUUCUUAUGCUGUACUGUCAAUGCCAUGCAGAGAGCUUGUCUGAGUGCAAGCAACGACUUGGACAUAUCAUCUCAAUCUACUACCAUUGUCCAUCAAAUAUUUGGAGGCUUUCUGAGAUCCAGAGUCAUCUGCUUCAGCUGCAAAGCCAUUUCUGAUUCCUAUGAGGCCUUCCUGGAUGUCCCUUUGGAUAUCAAAGUAAGAGGUUUUGCAGUUGUGCCUCAAGACAUCGCAAGGCUUUUCAGAGUCAACACAUUUGUCCUGAAAGCAUAUACUGUGAACACAAGAGGUCUUGGUCGUGGAUGGGAAGGGGAACGGAUGUUGUCCUCCUGCAGAGGCCAUGACACUGGUCUCUCUGUAGGUGCUGGCUUUAAGCUGGACAAGCACCCAUUAUGCUCUCUGCACCCUUGACAUAUCCUCCUCCUUCUUCCCUUUGCCCUCCUUCAACACCUGUCUGGCUUCCAGGCUGAUGGGUUGGAUUGUUUUCACUACUGAUGACCCUACAUAACAUCAGUAGCUCAAUGGGAGGUGGUACAGAGAGGGAGCUCUUGA